CUGAAAACCAAUAAAAAUAAGUUUAAAAUCAAUUUAAAUUUUGAGAAAUAAGAAAAAUUAAAAAAGAAAUAUACAACUAAAAAGGAAACAGUGAACAAUUUAACAGACUCAACUUCUUAUAAAUAAGAUAAAUAAGAAUGCAAAUUUGAAAAUCAAUUGAAACUUUGAGGAAUAACAAAAAAAAAAAGGAAAGAAGAAACUAAAAAGGAAAUUAAACAUGAUAAUUUAGUUCAAGAAGAAUUAAACAUGAUAACCAACGAAAACAAAAGGAAAGAGUGAAAACCCAAAGCGAAUAGUGAACAACGUACUCAAGUAGCUUCAUAUAAAUAAGAACGCUAGAGACUCCUCUCUAAAGCUAUCAUUGAUUCGAUUACUUGUUUCUCAAACCAAAAACAAACACACAAAAUAGAGUCAAAAACCCUAAUUACAGAGUAUUACCAAGAUGGUGAUGAUUAAGGAAGACAACACCAACAACAACAGCAAAGCUCCGAAUGUUGUUGGCCAAUCUUCUUCAGUACUAGAGUUUGUCUGUUUUCUUGGCCGAGGUAGUUUUGGUUCGGUCGCUCUCAUAAGAGACUCCAAACAAAGGUUACACGCUGAGAAAUCAUCUCCAAUAUCUUACAUGGAGAGUCUCAAGAAAGAGCAUAGGAUCAUGCUUCGUUUCCGUAACCAUCCACGCAUCGUCCAAACCACAAACCCUAAUCUUCACAUAGGUAUCAACCUCGACCAUUGUUAUAUCUACAUGGAGUUUGCCUCCAAAGGUACUCUCCACAACUUCAUCUCCCACUUCAAUGGCCAACCAGUGCCUGAGGUUUUGAUCAGACGCGCUGCUCUCAUGAUCCUUCAAGGCCUCGAGGCUCUUCACUCUCACGGCUACGUUCACUGCGACCUCAAGCCGGCUAACGUUCUCCUCUUUCCUUCCAAGAUUGUCGGAGAGCCGUGGGAUCUCAAGCUUGCUGACUUCGGUCUAUCUAAGGAGCCUUCUUGUACGAAUCCAAGGUCCUCCUUGUCUGGCGGUACAAAGGAGUACAUGUCUCCUGAGUCUUUGGGACCCAACCGAGUGAAGAUGAUUGGACCGGCUGUUGACAUGUGGGCUCUAGGGUGUGUUGUGCUUCAGAUGUAUGGAGGCUAUCCAGUGAAGAUGGGAGAAUGCUACAGGUGGAGGCUUCCGAGACUAGUAUCUCCGCUGGCCAACGACUUCUUGAGGCGGUGCAUGGCGUUGCAGCCCUCACGCAGAGCCACCGCAGCGGAUCUGUUGAAACAUCCUUUUGUUUGCACCAAGCCCAAAUCAUAUGAUUCAUUCAGUACUGUCCUCCUGUCUUAAGACACAUUAAUGUUAUGAAAAAAUAUGUUAGAAGACCGAUGAUGGCUCCAAGACCUAGAGAGUCGUAUUUAGGUUUAUUCAGUUUAGUUGGCGUCUUAAUAACAGUAUAAUUCAUGUCUGGUACUGACUUUAUAUUCUUUUUAUGUAUCUUUGUCUUUAAUAUCAGAGUAUAUUUUUCUAGAGUUUGAUUCUUUGCCUCUGUGAUUGCUAUUUAGAUGUUUUAAAAGAGAGACCUCUCUAAUAAGUAAGAAUCUAAUAUAUUGCACAGUUUAAACUAGUCAAACAGAAAAGCAUCAUAUCACAUAUUCGACAAGAUGUAUCUCUCAGAACAAGUGAAGUUUGUUUGAUUCAGAUGAGCAAUCAAGCAAUCAUCUAUCUUGACUAUAGUUUAGACACAAGAACAAGAUAACACACAUAAUAAGAAGAAAAAGAAAGAAA